AUGAAGAAGUACAAAUUCGCGGGAUUUUCGGGAUUUGAUGGCGGCGGAUUUUCGCCGCCGUCCGAUGGUACCUUGGAAAAUCGCCGUUCAAUGACGAAGGUCAUGAAUGGAUCAUCACGUCAAAUGCUAUCCCCUCCGGCUUUCGGUGACGGAAAUAAUGGAGUUGUUCUGAUCAACAAAACUAUGAAUAACAAAGGUAUUGUUAUCAAAGAAGGUGGCUUAUCAGCAAGGAUUGAACCAGAGAUCAUUGGUAAAGGUAAAGGUAAAUUGAUUGAAGAAGAAGUGGGGGAAUUUCUUAAAAGAAGGGUAGAUUUAAAACCUUAUGACGGUUCAGAAGGGUCGCCUUCCAUUCUAGCAUUGAAGAUGAACAGUCCCUCUUCCAGUGGAAUUAAAAACAAUAAUGAUGUGGUAAUUCUUGAUCGUUUUAAGUCUGUAAAUCCGGAUUUGUCUAACUUUGAAGCAAGCAAAAGGAAAAAUGAAUCAAAAUCUCCAAACGUGAAAGGUGGAACAGGGAAAAUGCUGUUCUCUAAUUUAUUCAAUGUCAAAGAAGUAGAUUCAGCUGAGCAAGGAAUUGGUGGUGAUAAUAUUCCGAACUCAAAGGAUAAUCUUGAAGGAGAGAAAAACAAAUUAUGGAGAAAGAAGGAAAAUAUCAAAGUUUCAGAUCUUCAACUGGGUGAAUUUCUUGCUGAAGACGGUAAAACAGUUAAACUUCAUGAAGACAAUGAGAAGGAAAAUUCUGACAGGCUCUGUAAUUCAAUAGUUAUAAAAGUAUUUGGAGGUGAUCCUCCACUGAAAACCAUUAGCUAUGAACUGAGAAGACAAUGGAUGCAGUUCGGAAAAUUCCAUUUAACAAUGCUAGGCAUGGGAUGGGUGUUAUGUUCAUUUUAUGAACCAGAACACAUGGAGGCAGUGAUGACAAAUGGUCCAUGGUUUGUUAAUGGAAAAAUUAUUGGAAUGGACAACUGGUCCCAAAAUUUCUCUACAAAUUCUUUGAAAGGAUUAACGGCACCAAUCUGGAUAAGAUUACCUAAUCUUCCACUUCAAUGUUGGGACAACAUCAAUCUGUGUAGAAUUGCCUCAAUGGUUGAAGGUAAAGCUGGAAGGUUCUAUCAAAAGUUUGAGUAUGAAAGAGUGCCUAAUUUCUGUUACAAUUGUGGUCUUAUUGGACACAAUGUAGAAGCCUGUAAAGAGUUCACAGGAAAUAAAGCCAUAGAAGGGAAUAGUUCUGUUUCAGAGAUCAAUAAAGCAGCUAAAGACAUAGAAGAGACAGGUUAUGGGCCUUGGCUUGUUGUUAAUAGAGGAAGAAAUAAAGCAAUUCAGCAAAAUCAGAAUCAAAUUCUUCACCGGCCUCUUCAAAAAGUUAAUAAAAGUCUAUGGAAGAUAAAGGAGGUUAAUAAUGUUCCUGGGAAAGCUGAUAAUGAAACAGAUAAGAAGAUCUUGGAAGUAAAUUCUGUAGAUGUUGAAGAGCCAAUUGCUGAUAACAAAGUGGAAGAAGGGAUUGCUGAAAAUCUAUUUAAGAAAGCAAUAGAUUCCAAAAACUGCAGUCCAGAACUUAAUCAAUCUUGUAUCAAAGAAUUCAAUUUAUUGAGUAAUCAAAUUGAAGGAGAGAUUAUUCUAGAAAAUCUGAUUGAAGAUCAAGUGCAGGAAGAGCCUCCAGAUAAGAAUUUUUCUGAUCCCAGUUGCAUUUCAAAUUCUUUACUUCAUUGUAAUGAAGAUGUUUGUAUUAUUGUGAAGAAGAAGAAAUCCAAAAAAUUGAAGGACUUGGGUCCUAUCAGCUCGAAAUUAAGGAGCAGGAGAAUGGAAAUGGAAUCCAAAGAAACGAAAUUGACUUCUAUAGAUAGGAAAGAAGUUAAUAAUCUAAUUGGUGAUGGGUGGAACUAUGAUAUGGUAUCCUCUAACGGAUUAUCUGGAGGUUUGAUUGUGCUCUGGAACACAAAUGUAGCUGAUUUCACUAUGUUAGACUCUUCUAAUCAAUGCAUUAUUGGGGACCUGGUGAUCAAGAAUGACAGCAAAUGGAGGAUAGCAGCAGUGUAUGCUAAUAAAGAAUGCUGUAAAAGAAGAGAUCUUUGGGAAAAGCUUGGUACCUAUUCGUCUGUGGAUUAUCCUAUGACAAUCGCUGGAGAUUUCAAUUGCAUUACUUCUAGAGAAGAUAAAAGAGGUGGUAAAAGAUUCUCUUAUUCUCAAGGCUCUAAGGAAAUGGAUACUUUCUUUGCUAACAAUGAUUAUCAUGAGAUUAACUUCAUUGGACCUCGUUUCACUUGGUGCAACAACAAGGUUGGAGGAGCUCGUAUUCUUGAAAGGCUUGACAGGUGUUUCUUUAACACUUAUGCUUUAAAUUUAUCUUCUCCUUUAAUUCUAAAUCAUAUAGCUAGAAUUGCUUCCGAUCAUUGCCCUUUAGUCCUCAACAUUAUCAAUUCUAAAUACAAAGCUGUCAAGUCCAUUAAAUUUGAGGAUGUUUGGAUUUCAUACCCGGCUGCUCUCAAAGUGGUUAAAAAAGCUUGGUCUAUUAAUUAUCAAGGGAGUCAUGCGCAUAUUUUGAAUUCAAAAUUCAAAAGGACUCUUAAAUCUUUGUUUUUCUGGAGUAAGGCAAAGAAGGUGAACUUGAACUAUUCUAAAGACAAACUGUUAAAAGAAAUUAUGGAAAUUCAAAGUAGAGAAGAUGAAAAUGGACUUUUAUCUGAUGAAGAUUGUUGGAGAUUAAAAGCUAAAGUUCUGGAGUUGAAUUUUAUUAUGGCUAGACUAAACACUUGGUGGAAGCAAAGAACAAAAACCAAAUGGAUGAAGGAAGGUGAUAGCAACUCAAGAUUUUUUCAAACUUUUGCUAGUGCAAAAAGGAGGCUGAAUAGCAUAGUGAAGAUCAAAGAUGAAGAAGGUUUUGUAGUGGAUAAACAAGAUCAAAUUGAAAGUGUUUUGCUCAGAUUCUUUGAACAGAAAUGGAGGCAAAGGGAGUGCUCUUUAGAAGGGUGGCCUGUCUCGAAUUGUACAGUAAAAGAUGAUGAUAAAAAUUGGUUGUCUAGAGCUUUCAUGGAGGAAGAAAUUGUAGCUGUUGUCAAAGACUUAGGCAACAACAUUGCACCUGGUUGUGAUGGGAUCACUUAUUCCUUUUUGAGAACUUAUUGGGUUAUCAUAAAGAAGGAUUUCUUAAAUGCUAUAUUAUAUUUUCUUCAACAUGGCGUUAUGGAGAAUUCUUGGAAAGACACUUUGAUUGUGUUAAUUCCAAAAAUUACUAAUCCUAUGAACCCUUCCAACUAUAGACCUAUUAGUCUUUGUAAUUCGGUUUACAAAGUAGCAGCUAAAGUCAUACUUAAUAGGCUAUCAUACAUCAUUCCCAAAGUCAUUUCUAAUGAGCAAGCUGCUUUCAUUCAAGGGAGAUCCAUUUCAGAUCAUCUAUUAAUUACUCAAGAGGUCUUUCACAAAUUCAGGUUUUCAAAAAAUUCCAAAGGGCUUGUAGCUUACAAGAUUGACAUGGAACAAGCAUAUGACUCAAUGAGUUGGGAUACUCUUGAAGGAGUCUUAAAAUAUUAUGAAUUCCCUUCUUUAUUCUCCAAAGUCAUCAUGGAAUGUGUGUUAAAACCAAGAUUUUCUAUUAUAAUCAAUGGAAGCAAGUCGGAUUGGAUUUCAGCAAAAAGCGGUUUUGUCAAUGAUGCCCUUUGUCCCCAUUUCUUUUUAUUUUAUGUUCACAACUCUUAUCAAAUGCUCUAG